CUUAAAUGCAGCAGCUACGCUCCUGCUCGGACGCGUCGACAGUGACUUCAUGCUCAUUUUUCAAUGCACGUCCAGCCGCCGUCGCCUCUCUGUCAGAAAAGACUCAACCUAUCGCCGAGAAACCGAGUCCUUUGCCGUCUAUUUGUGUGCUAUUUUUUUUUUUUUAAAAAAAACACAAAUACACAAGGAGACAUAUUCGUCAGCAAGUUGUCUAGAUGUGAAUGAAGCUGCUGCGGAGGACGUUUUCAUUUUUUUCUUUCUUGUCGGGGGGCCGCGGUGCCUUCACGGACUGUCGUUCUGCUUUAAAUUGAAGAAAGGCUGCAAUUAGAUCAAGAUGAUGAACGACGCACGAUCGAUUACAGCCCUCUGCCAAGGCAGCAGCAAUGGCGGAAGCAGUGGAUACAUUGACCAUCGUGUACUCCUGGUGCUAAAAAUAAUGAUAGAGGAAUCUGUGUAAGUUUGCCAACAAUACAAUGAACAACACUCUUUCACCAUCUGAGCUAGUGGAUGUGCCGAGACAGCAGAGCUUCAAUGGCACCCCGGACACACAGACCCCUUCAGGCUGGGCCGUGAUCCACACCGCUACAUUGACCUUUUGCUCCCUCCUCCUCCUCUUCAUCUUCUUCCUGGGCUCUUACGGCAACCUCGUGGUGUUCCUGUCCUUCUUCGACCCGGCGUUCCGCAAGUUCCGCACCAACUUUGACUUCAUGAUCCUCAACCUGUCAUUCUGCGACCUGUUCAUCUGCUGCGUGACCGCCCCCAUGUUCGCGCUGGUGCUCUUCCUGGACGCCGGCGGCGGGGACGGCGUGUCCAGGGGCUUCUGCUUCGCCUUCCACCUGACCAGCUCGGGAUUCAUCAUCAUGUCGCUGGAGACCGUGGCGGUCAUCGCCCUGCACCGGCUCCGCAUGGUUCUGGGGCAGCAGCCCAAUCGCACCGCGUCCUUCCUCUGCACGCUGGCCCUCACUGCCCUGCUGUGGACGUCCAGCUUCACCAUGGCCGCUCUGCUCACCACGCGGGCCUACCCGCGCAGAGACGGCCCCUGCUUGCCGCACUUUGGACUCGGGAGUGGACAGGCCAGGGUCGUGUUGUACGUUUACAUGGCAGACUUUGCUUUUUGCGUCGCUGUGGUCUCUGCAUCCUAUCUGAUGAUCGCUAGGACGCUGAGGAAGAAUGCUCAAGUGAGGAAAUGUCCAAUCAUCAGCGUGGAUGCCACCUGCCCGCCACCGCAAGCCCCUCCCCCUUUUAUCGCAGCAGGUUUCGAGAGCAUGCAGUGUGCCGUUCAAGGCCCUUCUCUGUACCGUAACCAGACUUACAACAAACUGCAGAAUGUAAAAACACACACUUGUGCCAACAGACCCAGCCAGCCUGCGGUUCCAGGAGCAGCACAAGGAGCCACCUGCUGCCAGCUGGUCUCGUCGGUUAAUUUGGCCACGGCAAAAGACUCCAAGGCAGUUGUCACCUGUGUCGUUAUCGUGGUCUCCGUUCUGCUUUGCUGCCUGCCAAUGGGAGCCUCACUAGCGCAGGAUGUUUUAUCCCCGAAAAGUAGCUUUUCCCAUUACCAGUUUGAGCUGUGCGGCUUCGUGCUGAUUUUCCUCAAAUCGGGCAUCAAUCCGUUCGUGUACUCGCGCAACAGCGCGGGCCUCCGCCGCCGCGUGCUGGGCUGCGUGCAGUGGGCCGCGCUGGGCUUUUUGUGCUGCAAGCAAAAGACUCGACUGCACGCGAUGGGGAAGGGCAGCCUGGAAGUGAACCGCAAUAAGUCCUCCCACCACGAGACCAACUCGGCCUACGUGCUGUCGCCCAAGCCGCCGAGGAGGCUGGUGGACCAAGCCUGCGGGCCCAGCCGCUCCAGGGACUGCGACAGUAGUCCGAAGGCCACGGGCGCCCGCAAGCCCCGCCUCCCAAGCACGUCCACGCCAAUGAACACCCGCAUCGAGCCGUACUACAGCAUAUACAACAGCAGUCCCUCGGCAGGACCCAGUUCUCCCACCAGCCUGCAGCCCGUCAGCUCUCAGACGUUUGCCUUUGCCAAGUCCUACGUAGCCAUGCACUACCACACUCACCAAGACGCACUGCAAGACUUUGACAGCACCUCAGUGCACCAGAUCCCCAUUCCUUCAGUGUAAACGUUAAUCUGAGAGACUUAGGGCUUUAAAGUGCCUGUGACAUUUAAGAAAGUUGGAACAAUACACACGAUUUAACCCUAUUUUUCCCAUAACUAGCAUAAUUUCUUUUGAACUUGGCUCAGCCAAAGUGAAACAGGAAGUGACAUCAAAGGGGAACUCUUAAACAAAUAAAACUCUCUAGUCUUUGUUUUAUGGAAACAAUAUUAUUUGAAUUCUAACCUGUCUUCAUCUUUCUGAUUGUGGCUCAAAAUAAUCUAAAGAAACGUCAGAUUCUUCUCUACAGUCUGGGUUGUUGGCUGUUGUAGCAACGCUCUGUUCA